ACCGAACACCGGUAGUUUCAACCCGAAUUACGUCAUCUGACCUAAUGAACUCUACCUUCUAAAACCCAAGCACGCUGUAGAAUCACUCGAGUUCUAAGAUGGCGUCGGAAAGUGCAAAUGCAGAUGUGGUACACAUAACACUCUAUAGAGGUACAGAGCAAUUGCAAGCAGUCUUAUCAAGAGACUUGUACGAGAUGGUGAACGACCCUAACUGCGACCCAAAUCUUAAGGAGCAGGUAUAUAAAGCUGCGGUUAACAACACGACGUCAAGUGACACAAGUAGACCAAGUACAACGUCAAGUGACACAAGUAGACCAAGUACAAGUAGCAGUAGUUGCUCUUCCCCAGUAAACGGACCUGAAAAGGUUCAUAUUUGGAAGGAGUGUGAAGAGAAAGAAUUGAUCUCCAUCAGAUCUGACAUGGAAGAAGAGUUUGAACAAGUUAAAAACCAUGAUGUUUUGUGGAAUCGGAUAACAAAAACAUUAAAUAACCACAAAGUCCCUGUUACUUGCAACCAAGUUAAAAACAAGUGGAAAAAUUUGAAGAAAACCUACAAAAAAGUAGUUGAUGAUAAUCAAAAAACGGGAAACAAGAAAACUACAUGGAAGUAUUUUGAAGAAUUUAAUUUACUGUAUGGAAAUAGAGCUUCAACAACUGCUAAGGUAACAUAUGACAGUGUAAAGGGGACACUGAACAGUCCACAGUCAGAAGAACGUUCUGGUGAAAAUGGUCAAGGAGCACCUGCUUGUUCUGCAUCCACAUCUGCACAUCAGAAUACUGGUAAAAGAAAACCAUCAACAAGUGUAACUGGUGAUCAUGAAUUAGAGUUCAAAAAUCCCAAAAAAGCAAAGUUGGCAAAUGUUGACAAGUUAACUGCACAAGGCGAUGAAAUGAUCCAAGAAAUGCGAAAACAACAUGAGGCAAAGAUGAAUCGCUUUGACAAGCUACUGGACUUGCUAGGAAAAAGAAAUUAAAUCUGCGUUAAUGUAUUUCUCAUUCAAUUACUGUAUUCAUUCCAUUUUGCCCAGCAAAUUUUGUAUUAUUUAAUGUUUGUCAAAGGAUCAAAUUCAUAUUUUUUAGUUCAAUAGUGAAUUCUUUUGUUUUAUAAUAUGACAUCAGACUUUGUCCAUCAUUUUUGUGAAUUUUUCUUGAUGGAAAAAAAUGAAAGCUUUUUGGAAGUUUUUCUUUUAAGGAAUAUUCAUUCAAUCAAUGUUGCCAAGCAUAUGUUUUGUAUAUUUAAUGAAUGGUUUAUAUUUAUACUCCUCGCAAACAAAGUUUCAGAUGGUAUUUAGGAAUCACCUUGUCCAUCUGUCUGUCUGUGCAACCGUGUCGGGUCCAUAUCUCUCUUAUGAAGAAACAUUGGAUGUUCCUACUUUACAUAAAGAUCGGUUAUGUCAUUUUAAAGAAAAAUGCAUAAUUCCUUUCUAGUUUAUACCUUGUAAUGGAAUUGAUUGGAUCUGAAGCUAAAGUUGACACUGAGAAUUCUUGUGAUCUGUAAAUAAGUGUUGAUUGUGAACUUUGGUCAUUUUUGCCAGUUGAAGGUCAUUAAGAAAAAUGGAACUUCCAUUACUUUCUAAAAGAGAAAUUAUUGAAUUAAUAUAUUUUCUAAGGGGGUGGUAUCAUUGUUG